AUGAUUGACAUGAUGCAGUACUACGACAACCGCAACUGCAGCUCCUACUAUAACAACUGUAGCUCCUACGUCAACUGUUGUGCCUACGACCACUACAUCUACCGUACCUACAACAACAACUACAGCUCUUACUACAAUAACUGUAGCUCCUACAACCAGCACAACAACAGCUGCUACGACAAUCAAUUAAUCUCUUACUACAACAACUCACCUACAACGACAACUACAGCACCUACUACGACAACCACAGCACCUACUACGACAACCACAACUGUACCUCCUACGACAACCACUACAACUGCAGCUCCAACUACAACAACUGUAGCUCCUACGACCACCACAACUGCAGCACCUACGACAACUACAACACCUACUACGACAACCACAACACCUACUACGACAACCACUACAACUGCAGCAUCUACGACAACCACUACAACUGCAGCACCUACGACAACCACUACAACUGCAGCACCUACGACAACCACUACAACUGCAGCACCUACGACAACCACUACAACUGCAGCACCUACGACAACCACUACAACUGCAGCACCUACGACAACAACUACAACUGCAGCACCGACGACAACCACCACAACUGCAGCACCGACGACAACCACUACAACUGCAGCACCUACGACAACCACUACAACUGCAGCACCUACGACAACCACUACAACUGCAGCACCUACGACAACCACUACAACUGCAGCACCUACGACAACCACUACAACUGCAGCACCUACGACAACCACUACAACUGCAGCACCGACGACAACCACCACAACUGCAGCACCGACGACAACCACCACAACUGCAGCACCGACGACAACCACUACAACUGCAGCACCUACGACAACCACUACAACUGCAGCACCUACGACAACCACUACAACUGCAGCACCUACGACAACCACUACAACUGCAGCACCUACGACAACCACUACAACACCUACGACAACCACUACAACUACAACAACUGUAGCUCCUACGACCACCACAACUGCUGCACCUACAACGACAACUACAGCACCUACUACGACAACCACAGCACCUACUACGACAACCACAACUGUACCUCCUACGACAACCACUACAACUGCAGCUCCAACUACAACAACUGUAGCUCCUACGACCACCACAACUGCAGCACCUACGACAACUACAACACCUACUACGACAACCACAACACCUACUACGACAACCACUACAACUGCAGCAUCUACGACAACCACUACAACUGCAGCACCUACGACAACCACUACAACUGCAGCACCUACGACAACCACUACAACUGCAGCACCUACGACAACCACUACAACUGCAGCACCUACGACAACCACUACAACUGCAGCACCUACGACAACCACUACAACUGCAGCACCGACGACAACCACCACAACUGCAGCACCGACGACAACCACUACAACUGCAGCACCUACGACAACCACUACAACUGCAGCACCUACGACAACCACUACAACUGCAGCACCUACGACAACCACUACAACUGCAGCACCUACGACAACCACUACAACUGCAGCACCUACGACAACCACUACAACUGCAGCACCUACGACAACCACUACAACUGCAGCACCGACGACAACCACCACAACUGCAGCACCGACGACAACCACCACAACUGCAGCACCGACGACAACCACUACAACUGCAGCACCUACGACAACCACUACAACUGCAGCACCUACGACAACCACUACAACUGCAGCACCUACGACAACCACUACAACUGCAGCACCUACGACAACCACUACAACACCUACGACAACCACUACAACUGCAGCACCUACGACCACCACAACUGUACCUUCUACGACCACCACAACUACUACGACAACUACAACACCUACUACGACAACCACAACACCUACUACGACAACCACUACAACUGCAGCAUCUACGACAACCACUACAACUGCAGCACCUACGACAACCACUACAACUGCAGCACCUACGACAACCACUACAACUGCAGCACCUACGACAACCACUACAACUGCAGCACCUACGACAACCACUACAACUGCAGCACCUACGACAACCACUACAACUGCAGCACCGACGACAACCACCACAACUGCAGCACCGACGACAACCACUACAACUGCAGCACCUACGACAACCACUACAACUGCAGCACCUACGACAACCACUACAACUGCAGCACCUACGACAACC